AAAGAUGUUUCUCAUUAAAAAGGUUUUCUUUGGUCUAUCCUAAGAUGGACCAAACGAUACCUCGCAAUGCGGGCAUCAUCUCUAGUCUACCUCUGUAAAGGAGACAGCAGGGAUCAACGAAGGAUUGAAUCAAGUGGGUAAAAGAAAUACUGCUGCACCAAUGAAGCCAUCAGUUGAUGGAAUGGAGAAGUCUACCAAAACACUGAAGAGAAGACAUGCCAUUGGUUUCCCAGACUUUGAGGAACAUGCUGUCCCUCCUAGGAAGAUUAGAUUGAUGGGAAAGGAUAGUAGCAGUAAAAGAUCUCUUGUACUGCAUCCAUCUCCAGUUUCUGAAAAGGUAGAUGCAUUUGUUUCCCAGCAACAGGUACUGGGUAGAAAAGAUAUGCAUGCUUCUUUUCAUGAUAGAACUACUAACUGCACUAGGAUGGAUGUGGCCGGAGAAAACAAUAGGCUUAAUAUGGGUACCUCUUUAACUAUUGAUACUGAUAGUUGUAGAUCCUCAGUUGAGGACUAUUCUAGUGAUGCUGAAUCACAUUGUCGACGUGAAUAUGUAGAAGAAGCAUGUUCCUUUUCCCCAAAUGUGGAAUUGAGAACAGAUAUCCAUAGGUCAGAGUUACAUGCCUACCGUAGUGCUCUCUGGGCACUGUAUACUUCUGGGCCUCUGAGUUGGGAAGAGGAAGAAAAUCUUACAAAUUUACAACGUCUCAUUGCAAAUGCUGGAGGCAUGCGUACGUUUUCUCCUAAAGGUAUGAAGAUGAGGAUGGGAAUAAGUUUCCCACCUCUUGCCGUAGACCAUUACAGAACAUCUGCGGUUUUUCCUACCAAAGGAACUCUUGAUCCAUGCUGCUGGUAUGAUUUUUGUUUUUCUUAUUUCCAAUUUUUUAUUUCCCCAUGGCAACAGGCAAACCCCAAAUAAAGCUUAUUUUGUAAUUUGUUGUUGAUAAUCCUAAAAGUGCUCUACAUAUCUAAUUUGUAAAUUGAAAUGGAGUAUUCUUUGGUCACAGAUAUGAAAUAGAUUGCACUUGCAACG